UACAUUUCCACCAGAUAUGGCUCCUCCCGCAUCACUGACGCGACAUGCUUGAUUAGUGUAACCAGCAGCGAAUAUUGAACCGCGACCUCGUUUUGAGAAAGUUUGUGGAGCACAAGUGAGUUAACGGGGUCUACACUCUCCGUCCGACCGACCAGAAAACAUGUUCACUGAAAUCAGAGAUCAAACCGACGGAUUUUUUAAAGAGAAAAAUGUACUCACAGAUCUCUUGGGAAAGCUGGAGAACAAAACUGGAAUUCAGAAACAAUAUAUAGCUUUGGGUUUAGUGGCAUUUCUUGCACUGUACUUAUUGUUUGGAUAUGGUGCAUCUCUGCUUUGCAACUUGAUCGGUUUUGUCUACCCAGCUUAUUUUUCAAUUAAAGCAAUUGAAAGCAGUAACAAAGAUGACGAUACCAAGUGGCUGAUCUACUGGGUGGUUUAUGGACUCUUCAGUGUGUCAGAGUUCUUCUCAGACAUCUUUCUCUUCUGGUUUCCGUUUUAUUAUGCUGGAAAGUGUGUCUUUCUGCUGUGGUGCAUGGCUCCAGUAUCCUGGAAUGGGUCGCAGAUCAUCUAUGGACGUUUGGUACGACCUUUUUUCCUCAAGCAUGAAGCGAGAAUGGACAGCAUGGUCAAAGAUCUGACCGGCAAGGCCAAAAGUGCAGCAGAAUCGGCUACAAAAGAAGUGUCUCCAGAUGACCACAUGUAUUGGAAUUGUGUAUGGAAUGUUGUGAACAUUCUAUAUCUAAAGGCCAAUUUACACUGAAGAUUCACAACAAGACGAGCUGCAACACUUAGUCCAGGCAAAGUGAGAUUGCCUGGACUAACUCUUUAAACCAGCAACUUGCUGCAACACACGUUCUAAAAAAUUGGGGAUUCAGAUCACCUUUAUUACACCACUUGUUGUAGCACUCCGUAAAUGUGUGAUUGUUUUGUCAUUUUAAUAGCAUAUGUUUUGGCUGAUGUGCAGACACCGCUCUUCAACCCUGGGUUAAUAAGUAUUUAUCUGCCUUUUUUUUGGUAAAAACGUUGACUUGAUGCCUCUGCUGGACUGACUGAAUGACAACAUGACAUAUAGACCAUCUGGCCAUUAAUAUAUUUUUGGAGGAGGUUCAUUUUGGGAAGAUGCAUGAAGUGUUAUUUCACUGAACUGUAAUGUUUGGAAAGUAGUUUUGGGUCACAUGUGGCUUCAAGGACAAUCAGAUGGUUAAGAUCAGGACCAUGUUUGAUGUACAUACAUUUUUAAAAAAAAUCUGUCAGACUGUUUAUCUGACUGUAUGUCUCUGUCUAUCUGUA